AUGGAGAGAGAAGGAGGUGAAUCAACAACAAUCGGCGUUGCUCUGGCCAAAUCUCCGUCUCCGACAUGUAAUCUAAGCUUUCUAGAGGUUAUGACAGCUUCCGGUGUCGUUCUAGGGUUCCUUGUCGGACUUGUUUGUGUUUAUCUCACAAUGCCUCAAUCUGAUUACAGUUUUCUCAAACUCCCUCGCAAUCUCGAAGACCUUCAGAUUCUCAGAGAUAAUCUUGAGAUAUACACAAGUGAUUACACGGUUCAAGUUCUUUUUGGAUAUUGUCUGGUUUACAUAUUUAUGCAGACGUUUAUGAUUCCUGGAACUGUGUUCAUGUCUUUACUUGCUGGUGCUCUCUUUGGAGUUUAUAAAGGAAUGGCUCUUGUUGUCUCUACUGCAACUGCUGGUGCUUCUUCUUGCUAUUUCCUCUCUAAGCUUAUCGGUAGACCUUUGAUCUUAUCGCUUUGGCCAGAUAAGCUCGUCUUCUUCCAAGAACAGGUUGCGAGAAGGAAAGAUCGGUUGCUGAAUUAUAUGUUGUUUUUGAGACUAACACCAACAUUGCCUAAUACUUUCAUUAAUGUUGCUUCUCCAAUUGUUGAUGUUCCUUACCAUAUCUUCUUCCUCGCUACAUUCAUCGGUCUGAUUCCUGCUGCAUUUGUUACUGUCCGGGCUGGGAUUGCUCUUGGAGAGUUACAAUCAAUAGGAGAUCUCUAUGAUUUCAGCUCGAUGGCGACUCUGUUUCUCAUCGGUGUGCUCUCUAAUGUUUAG